GCCCCUUUCGCCCAGUCACAGCGUUUGGCACCUUAGCCGCAGAAUGGUCGGGGGAGGUUUUCUGUGGUUUGUUUGGUAGUGACGGAGAUUUAAAUAUUUUAGGCUGUAGGAAAUUCACAAUAUUUUCAACGAUUCCCGACUCGAGCUUUGAGCUGUAGCCUACGUUUUAUUUUUUAUUUGAAAUCCUUUCUUUCCUUUGCGCGGUUUCUGUACUUUUCCCGUCAGGAGUAGCCUGUCGGGAAUUGCGUGUUCAUCGAAAGCGAAACUAUCGUUAGGUUGAACAUGGAGUUGAAUAGUUCUUGGUCGCCGCGAUGAAAAUAAUCGGAUUUUGUAUCUUCUACGUGGCUUCUACAGUCCUCUGUCGAGCCUGGCAGCCUCCUCACAAUGUGAGACUGUCGCGAAAUGAAGCUGUUCUGCGGUGGGACACACACGCCUCUCACACACACACUGCCACCUACACCGUACAGUACCGCAUUGGCGAGGACGGACUGUGGACAGACAUGUCAGGCUGUGUGAACACAUUGGAGAAGCAGUGUGACUUCAGCGUCAUGGCAACGGGACUGUACGGAGCAACACUGCGAGUGCGGGCUGAACAAGACAACAUCACGUCACCAUGGGAACAGUGCAACCAGAAAGUGAAAUGUGUUCACACUCGUUCCUGUGCUCCUAAGGUGGAUGUCAUUGCGUCUCCUGGAUAUCUGAGUGUCCAGAUGGACUUCAACCGGAGUGACCACAGCCUGCAGAAUGAAUACGGAGGACACCUGAGUUACACACUCCUCUAUGGGAGAGAGGGAGAGAAGAUGAAGGUGUUCUGUGUGGGCUGUGGGCCUGCGGUACGUGUGGAACCUUUGCCCGUAGGGGAACGGGUCUGUGUGCAGGUGCAGUACCGGCUCUACUCCAAACCUCACGGAACCCCCAGCGAUCCUGAGUGCCGGCUCAUCCCACAGUCAGAGCGGGGUAGAGAGCUGUCCAUGGUGGCGAUGCUGGCUGCUGUGUUCUCUGUGCUGGUGGGGCUGAGUGUCGGCUGCUACUGUUUCAUCAGCCGCUACCACACACACAUCAAAGACUUCAUGAGACCAGUGACACUGCCUGAGCACUUCACUGAGUUCUUCCCUGGUCCGUUUGUCCAGCAGACACCGGCCAAUCCCAGCCCAGAGUGGCAGUCACAUGACGUCAUCAGUGGCAUGGAGGAGAAACUGGGCGAGGAAGAGGAAGAUGGAGAGAGAACCAACGGGUCCACUGGACUGGACUGGUGCCAGAGAACCAGCGGGUCAGGGCUGGACUGGUGUCAGACUCUUGUGGAUGAGGAGGAGAGGAGAGAGGGGGAGGGGGAGGGGGGUUACAGAGACUAUGAGGGCUCUGGGUUCAACUCUGACACACCACUGAUCUGACUCUCACUCUCUCUCUCACUCACACAUCCACACCCACACACACACACACACACACACACACAC